CUCUCUUUCCGCCCACCCAAAGCGCCGCCGCACAUCACACAGGCCCGUGUAAAACACAUUGUGGCAUCCGGAGGCACACACACAAACACAAGAAUCGGUUGACCGACCGACAAAAUUGUCGGACUGCAGUAGAGGGAAAACGCCGUGGACCGGAAACCACUCGCGGAUCUCUCACGUUGACUCCACACCGGAACGGAACCCUCUGUAAGAGAGCUGAGAAAAUCCACUGGAAGAGAUCGGAUACCCCUAACCGUUGCUGUUCUACACGUCGUUUGAAAUCGUUAACUGCGUAGGCUCUACAGUAUCUGCGUUGUCAAAAGUUCAUCUCGAGCGGAUUCAUGGUUGCUGGAACUUCACAUGGACCGGAGAGAGCCGUUAUUAUAAAUGUAAUUAGUUGAAAAUAUUCACACAUGUAUUAUUCAAAGGCAUACCAGGAGUGGUGUUAAUAUAAGAGGAUCUGACUAAUUUUUUCUACAGUUUUAUAAAAUAUGGUAUUGUCAAUUAAUAACAAUGUUUGUACAAACGGUAUGAAAAGGGCAACUGUAUUGAAAACAACAGUGUCGAAUUGUUUUUAAUUCCACGUGGAAAUAAAAAAUAUGAAUUUGAAAGUGUCCAAGAUGUUUUUUUUGUACAGUUUCAAAUGGUAAAAACACUUAAAUUUUUUUAUUAAAAUAAAAAAGUACUUAACAACAUUUAUCAGCCAUUUCAAGUCCAAUAAUCUUUUUCAUAGUUGAUUGUUAACAGGAGUUUAAACAAUGUAUUACAACUUUUAAGUAUUUAAGAUAGGCGAAAAACACAAACAGACCCAAAAAUGUUUAUUUUGAUGGUUUGUCUCCGAAAACAUGAUUACUGAAUAUUAAUAUACUUACAUCAAAUUAACCUCUCUACUUAUGGAAAAUGUAAAAGGCAUAUUUAAGAGUAUUGUCGUGUAAACAAUGCCACCGUUAAAUUAACCAAGUUAAACUGUUCAGAAAGUGACGUUUUUUUUUAAUGAAAAUUAUGGUAUUUAUAUUUUUAAAAAUAUCACUAAAAAAUAAAAUAAUAUUUCUAUCAUUCCAGAUAAAUUAAACGUUUGAAUAUCAAUUAAAUCCACAACUCAUUUGUAUGUAUUUCUUAAGAAAAUUUAAUGUACACGUUGUAAUUGGUCUACACAUGGACUCGUUUGAAUGUAAAAACAAUAAUUGCAUCACAACACAGUAAUGUAUUAUAAGCAUAAAAAACAAACGGUUGGGAGAAACGCGCACAUGGAAAAUCGUGACGAUUGUGCUGCACUAUCGAUAUUCGUAGUAGUCGUGGCCCUCGUGUGCAACGUGGGAACUCGCGCCCCGUGCCAUUAGGUUGUGAAAUUACCCGGCAGUAUGAACCGGUUCGCUUGUAUGGGCAUUUCGGAUUACUGUGCUCGUAACAAACGGAAAAAAGUAUGUUGAACGCGAAACGGAGGCCCACAAAUAAGUGACUUACUAAGACAUUAAAGCUGUGUGUUGAUUUUAGUAGAUUUUAUAAAUUGUUUUCCUUUAUUUUUUGAAUUUUUAAAACCGCGUGAAACGUUUGACGGUGUUACUUAUGAUGUCGUCGACCAACAACGAUUCCGAAGACGAUGAUCCGAGGGUACAUUCUUCGGACAUGUCAUCUCCGGGUCAAGUCAGACGCUAUGAAAUUUCAAAAACCGAACUGCGAAAAAAUAACAAACCUAUUAUGGAAAAAAAAAGGCGAGCAAGAAUCAACCAGUGUUUGAACGAGCUAAAGACAUUGAUAUUAGAUGCAUUAAAAAAAGAUCCUGCAAGACACACUAAGCUGGAAAAAGCGGAUAUCCUAGAAAUGACUGUGCGCCAUCUUCAAUCGCUGCAUGGCAAUCGACAAUCCUCGACUUCUGUCAAUACAUCUCAACCUACCGACCCUUCCACAAUGAUAGUUCAAAAAUUUCAAACCGGCUAUCAAGAAUGUGUGGGUGAGGUGAAUCGGUUUGUGGACCGUUUGGACGGCGUAGACGAAGAUAUUAAAAAAAGGUUAAUAUCGCAUUUAGAUUCGUGUGUGGCUAAAAUUCAAUACACCUCGUCGCCGCCUUCAUACCAAAAUUUACACUUAGACACCACUGCGGCGGCGGCUGCAGCAUUAGUGCCCAACUGCAGUAGUCGACUGCUGCCCACGGGAGAAUUAGCACUGAUCUUGCCGGCGUCAACUGCGCGUCGCAUCAGUGCCUUCACGCCCGUCCACCAAGACGACCGUUUGUCUCUACUACCCCCACAAACCUCUUCGGUGCCUUACAUAUACGUAGACGAACCGGUUUCCUCUACUAGUACGUCGGCCGAAGACGCUCACGGUGUUCGAAACCCAUUGGACUUUUCCCUAAAAAAAAUACCAACGGGUCCGUCAAAAAGGCCACUAAAUGAUAUACCGGUGAAUGUUCCUAAUGCUUCGUCGUCAUUGCACGGCGGCAAAGCGGAAAAUCAAGAUUUAGUUGAAAGCGGCCAAAGGGCCGUAACUGUAGAGAGACCACGGACUUCGAGGUGUGAAAGCCCUAGAGACCCAAACAUGUGGAGGCCCUGGUGAAGACUAACAGUCAUUAGUCAGUCAAUUUCCUAACUGUGUUACUAAUAUUUAAGUUAUCGGCUUGUACUUUCCAAAGCUCUCUACCAAACAUGUUUGGAUGUUACCAUGGUCAUUGUACUCUAUACAUAUAUAUUUUAUAAGCAUCUUGAAAUAUUCUGUACAACUUUUUAGCGAUUAGUCAUACCAUUAAGAAUAUGUAUUGCUUGAAGUGUUCUUGUUAACAAAAAAGCUCUGCGCUCAAUGAGUAAUCAAAACCAGUAACACGUGAUAAAAUUAUUUAUACGUCUAUUAUUAAGACAAGGUGAUUCAGUUUAUAGAAUAUUUUAUUAGUGCUACUACUGUGGUACCAAUUUGACACAGCUUUUAUUUGUAAAAAUAAUCGGUCCAUGAACAUAUGUAAGGCGUUAAAUAUAUUUUACUUAAUGGUAGAACUGAUAAAAUGCUUUAUUUUAUUUUGAUUUUAUAAUAACACUUUUACAAUGUAUCUGUACGGAUAUGUGGGUAAUAUUGCAUUGCCUUUUAUAAAAUAGUUAUUUUAAUUUAAUAUAAACAUUUGUGUCACCAAAAAAAAAAAUCAUUGUGUAUUAUAGUGUAAUUGUAAAAUACAAAUUGUUAUUAAAAUUAUUUUAAAAUUUAUCAACAUCAAUGAAACAUUCCGUGCUUUGAAUAAGAUCCCAAAAAAAUUUUUUAUUACCAAAUUUUGUUAAUAAAAAACUCUUUGUGUUUUAACUAUAUAUUUGCUCAUCUAUUAUAAAAUAUGUUAUUCUUUUUUUAUUUUAUUUUUUUAUUUGUUU